UCAGGAAGCCGUUUGCUAAAGCGCAACUGUCCAAACUUUGACAGGAAGAGUUUUGAGCCCGUCAUCAGACUGUUCGGCAGGCGUUAUUAGGGGAUAAAAAAAUGCAGAGCAGCGCUUACGGGGCCUCUCUGGCCGGCGGUGCGUUUGAUAUAGCGAGCUUUGUCAGACAGCCUCAGACCAUUCUGCGCUGUCUGAGCUGGUUAUUUUCCAUUGUGGUCUUUGCGACCAUCACAGCUGAAGGCUACAUUAACCCAACAACUAAGGAUGAAACCAAGUGCAUGUUCAACAGCAAUGACAGCGCCUGCAGCUACGGGGUGGGAAUUGGAGUCCUGGCCUUCUUGGCUUGUGUUAUCUUCCUAGUACUGGACGCCUACUUCCCUCAGAUCAGCAAUGCCAAAGAGAGAAAAUACAUUGUUAUAGGAGAUUUUGUCUUCUCAGUGGUUUGGACAUUCCUGUGGUUCAUCUGCUUCUGUGUCCUGGCCAACCAGUGGUCCAAAACCACUGUCAAUCUCAGUUCUGUCCCUGCUGAUGCUGCCCGGGCUGUUGUGGCCUUCUGCUUCUUCUCCAUCAUCUCCUGGGCUCUCUUGUCCUACUUUGCGUAUGCAAGGUAUCGUCAGGGUGUGAGUGAGUUUGAUCAGGAGUACAGAGACCCAGCCAACGACCACACUACUCCAUACCCGCCCGCUCCGUACGCGAGUGGCUCUACUGGCUACCAGCAGUCACCUUUCUCCCACAGUCAGGAGCAGCCAGGAACGUAUCAGCCUCCACCUUUUUGAAGGACUUUGAUUCAAA